AUGGUCGAAAAAGUCUACGUCACGUACAACGAUGUGCACAAUCUGUGCCGCAAAUCCGCCGCAAGGCUUCUCGCCGACUUCCAGCCCCAGCUCAUGAUUGCCAUUGGCGGUGGCGGCUACGUCCCUGCCCGCAUCUUGCGCUCGUUCCUCAAGCAGCCCGGCUCGCCCAACAUCCCCAUUCAGGCCAUCGGCCUGUCCCUCUACGAGUCCCUCGGCGGCACAGAGGUUGAGGCCAUUGGCACAAAGGUCACCCGCACCCAGUGGCUCGACUUUACUGCCCUCGGUGAAAUGUACAACCUCGUUGGCAAGCGCGUCCUCAUCGUCGACGAGGUUGACGACACCCGGACCACGCUCGAGUACGCGGUCAAGGAGCUGGAAAAGGACGUCGAGGCUGCCCGGCAGCGCAUGGGCGGCGAGCAGCCCAAGACACAGUUCAGCAUCUUUGUCCUCCACAACAAGGACAAGCCCAAAAAGGGCGUCCUGCCCCACGACAUGAUCGACACGCACUACGAGGCGGCCGAGACGGUCGGCGACGUUUGGAUCAACUACCCUUGGGAGGCGAUAGACAUUGAAGAGCACGAUAAAAUGGCUCAUGCUGCCAAGACCCCUUGA